UGACGGAGCGGCGGCCUCGGCGGUGGAUUGAGCGAGUCUGAGAGAGGUUCCCAGAGGGCUGCGCGUCCCGGCUUCUCGGCGCUGUCAUGGCGGGCUUGCUGAAGAAGACCACUGGCCUGGUGGGAUUGGCUGUUUGUGAAACUCCACAUGAGAGGCUAAAAAUAUUGUAUACAAAAAUUCUUGAUGUUCUUGGACACAUCCCUAAAAAUGCAGCGUAUAGAAAGUAUACGGAACAGAUUACAAAUGAGAAGCUGAGUAUGGUUAAAGCGGAACCAGAUGUUAAAAAACUAGAAGAGCGACUGCAGGGUGGCCAAAUAGAAGAGGUGAUUCUUCAGGCCGAAAACGAACUUAGUCUGGCAAGAAAAAUGAUCCAGUGGAAACCAUGGGAGCCUUUAGUGGAAGAGCCUCCAGCCAGCCAAUGGAAAUGGCCAAUAUAAACAGCAUUAACUAACUUAUCUGUUGAUAGGAGACUGAUGUAAUUAAAUAUUCUGUUAUAUGUUAAAAAAUGUUUCCAUAUUAUUGACAUCAUCAAGAAAACUGAUACAGAACACAUUUAAGCGAUUUGUUAAAGUUGAUGAUUAUGGUAAUUUGUGAAUUCAGUUUUUUAUUUGUAGAGCAUUCAUUCAAAUUAUUUCAAAGGUAAUUUUUUUUUUAAAGGUUGUGUUUUAAAACCUGUGUUUUUUUUAAAAAACAGGUUCCAAUUAAAUUUUUCCAAAACUUAAUUGGAAAAAUUCCUAUAGAUCUUCACUGUAGGGGCCAUAUUCGAAAGGUGAAGUAUUUUUAGUAGUGUCUUCAACAGAUGAUUUAAUUUUUUUAUUCUGGAAAAACAGAAAAGAUAAUUAUUAUUGUUGUUGAAACAAAUUAAUAGGUCACUGUUUAAAGUGAAGUAGUAAGGAAAAAACCAUCAAAUUAGAAUUCAUUGUACACUUGGGAAAAUUGAUUUGGUAUUUGAAAGAAAGAUUUUUAUUUAUAGUAGUAGUUGGAAAAACUUUUCCUUUUGUCUCAUUUAAGGAAAUUAGUUUUCUGGCCCUUACUCUUUAGUUUUCUUGAUAACCAAAGUAUAUCAGGAUAGAGAGAGAAUUUCUGUAAAAGAGGAGACACUAAGAGUUCUUAGGAACUGUUUAUCUGACAUACAGAUAGGCUUAUAUUCAAAACAUCUUAGUUGUAUGCUUAUAACUUCAAAGUGGAAUCGUUAAGUAGUUUUCACUAAUUUUCAGUAUAAGUGCAGCUGGGUAUCAAACAGAAGAUAACUGCUGUUCAAAGAAAGAAGCAGUUUGGUAAGUUUAAGGUUAAACAAAAAUAAAAUUACUUUUCAUUUGUCCUCA